CCUUUCUUCCUCCCUUCCUUCCUACCUCAGCGGCAACCACCGCUUCGGUUUCUUCGGCCACCUUUAGCACCAUCGAGGAAUUUUAGAGGGUUGGCGAGCUCGUGGUUCCGUUGGCUGUUGUAAUGCUCCGCGCCGCCGCCGGCGCGUGGGUGGUGGCAGCGGCCUUCUCGCGGAUCUGAGCUGCUGCUGCGGCUGGGGUGGUGACGGACGGACGGGCUCCGGCAUGGCGAUGUCGGCGAAGGAGAGGAAGCUGAGCAGGCUCGGGAGCGGGAAGGGGCCGAGCGGCGCGAGGGGUGGUGGCCAGCAGCGGACGCCGCCGGCGGGUUCGCGGCGGAGGCUGUUCGCGGCGUUCUUCGCGUUCCUCUGCGCCGGAGCCGUCCUCCUAGGCGGCGCGCACGUCAUUGGCGCGUCGUUCCGGCCGGUGCUCCUGACGGCGUGGCCGUCGGCGACCCUGAACGCCGUCUCUUCAGAGCGUGGAGCACAGCAAGCUGGAAGCGGCGGUGCUGUGUUGCCGUCUGUCCAAGUCCGGCAUGCCGUCGCCCUGCCGGACCAUGUUCUCCUGAUUCUCAGAGACGAUGGAUCGUUGCUGCUGGCUUCUCGGCAGUUCGAGUGCCUGUACUCUGUUGCCAACUCAACGCAGCUGCGCCAGCUGCCACUGUCAGUGGCCUCCUUGCCGGGUGGACCCAACCUGGUGCAUUGCCCUGCUGGACCGGCCGGGGCAGCCGUGUCCCUGUCGCUGUCCGAGUGGCCUCCGGUAGUACCGCUCGAAUGGGACCGGCUGGCAUACACCGCACUCAUUGACAGCCGGGAUAACUCGACUGUUGUGUUUGCCAAAGGGAUGAACCUCCGUCCUGGCCGUCUCGGUGUGCCGUCACGGUAUGAGUGUGUCUUCGGCCGGGACUUGUCAAAGCCGAAGUUCGUUGUCACCUCCCCUGUGGUUUCUGCUGCACAGGAGACCUUCCGGUGUGUGACACCUGCCCGAAUUCGCCGGUAUCUCAGGAUGACAUCUGAUGACUAUGGAGCCAGUAAUUGCGGUGACAAGCCUAUGUUGGUCUCUGUCAGGACUAAGGGGCGGGGGAGCUCAACGCUCCCCUCAAUCGCACAUCCAGAGCCACUUCCUAGGUACAACAGGCAUCGGCGUAACAGGCAUCGGCAGCGAAAGGCACACUCGAUGUGUGUAUGCACCAUGCUGCGCAACCAAGCACGGUUCCUCCGGGAAUGGAUCAUGUACCACUCGCAUGUCGGUGUGCAGCGGUGGUUCAUCUAUGACAACAACAGCGAUGAUGACAUCGAGCAGGUGCUCAAUACCAUGGAUCCAGCCAGGUACAAUGUGACACGCUACUUGUGGCCAUGGAUGAAAUCUCAGGAGGCUGGGUUUGCACAUUGUGCGCUCAGGGCGCGGGAGAGCUGCGAGUGGGUGGGGUUCAUCGACAUUGACGAGUUCCUGCACUUCCCUGGCAACCAAACUCUACAAGCUGUCCUCCGGAAUUACUCAAGCCGCCCACAAAUAGGUGAACUCAGGACAUCAUGCCACAGCUUUGGUCCGUCAGGUCGAACUAAGAUACCCAGGAAAGGAGUUACAACAGGUUACACCUGCCGGCUGGCUGCCCCGGAGCGCCACAAAUCAAUUGUCAGGCCAGAUGCAUUGAACCCGUCGCUCAUCAAUGUGGUUCACCACUUCCAUCUGAAGGAAGGGAUCAAGUAUGCCAACAUUGGUCAGGGAGUGAUGCUGAUCAACCACUACAAAUACCAAGUCUGGGAGGUGUUCAAGGAUAAGUUCUCCGGGCGUGUCGCCACCUAUGUUGCUGAUUGGCAGGAUGAGGAGAAUGUUGGAUCCAGGGACAGGGCACCAGGUCUAGGGACCAAACCGGUCGAACCGGAGGACUGGCCGAGUCGGUUCUGCGAAGUUUAUGACACUGGUUUGAAAGACUUUGUGCAUAAAGAAUUCACAGAUCCACAGACUGGAAAUCUUCCAUGGUAGAUGGGUAAAGCACUACCUUUCAUCAGGCAUGGCACAUAAUAUACGGCAUGGCGAAACAGACAGCAAAAGAAGAAACUGAAAAUGAGAUAGCGGUAGAGUUACUUGCCCUUGGUAUAUUUUUAGACUUUCAGUUGUUUUUAGGUUUCUGUCCUUAAUUUAGACUCAUCCAUUUUUUUUUACACAUCAAGUCCAAGAGGGAAAUGAUUCAUUUGUAGAUACAGAUAGGUAGAACAAUUCACUGUUGAAAGAGACAAUGCAUAGAGUGAAAUACUUGACUUUGUUUUGCUGAGUUCUGUGUUAUUUUACUGUCGAUCUGAAAAACUUACAUUACAAUGUUUA